CGCAUCGCUUAUACCGACCGAUUGUACAUCUUUCAUUUGCAUGCUUCUUCUGAAGAAUAUGAGCCCGCAGGAACUUUCGUGAUCGCCAGAAACCGGGAACCAUAUCCUUAUUAAAUAUGGCUUCAGAGCAACCUGUUACGGAGCCAUUGCGCAUCUCCAAAAGCACUCCAAACCAUUCUCCAGCGAAAGGUGGGCUCAGCCGUCCACUGUCUGAGAUUUCGGCAACAGAGAAGCGACGAAACUCGCCAAGCUGGACAUCGCCAUCCAAGCAAAAAAUGACACUGAGCACCGACUCAUCCCCAUUCCAGUCAUCUCCUCUGGAAGCAACGACAUCACCACGCCUCUUUUGGCAAAGUCGAAAUGCCAAUCGACUCGGCGAAAAUGAUCUCUAUAGCGGCCGUUCAGGCUCCCCAUCUCCCACUAAGCGCUCAUCCAUCGAGCGCCUUGAGAAGGCUUCCCGUGUCAAGAACAGUACCAUGUUCGCGCGGGAGCAAAAGCAAGAAUACGAUCCUGCCAGAAUCCCAGCUUUUGAGCGUCCUCUUGCUAAGGUCCAGGGAAAUGCAUUUUUUGGUACAGGCCACGCCGGUCUUCGCUCAAACCACGGGCGCACCCAGAGCCAGACCGAUUUAUCAUUACGCAGUCCGACCAGGUCUGUCGCGAGUCCUACUGCGUCUCAGAACCGGCCUCCUACCCCCAGCAAAGACCAACCGUCUCCCACCAAAUCCUCACUUUCAGUAUCGCGUUUCAAGAGCAGCUAUGACUCACAGGCUGAUGAUGUCUUCUCUGACCACUCCAUAGAGGAAACAUCUAUGGUCGAAGGGAGAUACCUACACCGACACGCAAAGUCUGUUACGUUUGAUGCAGCACCACCCCAGAUCAACGAGUAUGAGAUGGCGACGCCAGACCUCUCAUCGAUCGGAACCAAUUCCCGAGAAGGCAGCUUUGAAUCUGAGGAAGAUGAUGACAUAUACGAGCCCUAUCAUGGCGAAGAUGGGGGUUUGCCAGACGACAGUUUCGAUGCUACUCUGGAAGAUACGGAUAAGACCCCAGUAGUAGGCCCCGAUGAUUGGCGACGUGAUUUUGACUCUCGAUUUGAUAGCAGUCCCAUGCCCGAGGGGACCCUAACUCAACCUGCCUUGGCUCGUCCGCAACAGGGGCGUACUAACUCGUCUACGUCAAGUGGCGAGCACCGGCCGCUACCCCCUCUUCCUGGAAUGGGCGAUGCUCGCAUCAAUUCCGCAUCCUCAAAUGGGCCCUCUGCCGCUGGCGAGAGGGUGCUCAGCGGCCCACGCAACCUACCAUCUCCCCCACUGGCUGCUACGGAAAUUCAGAAUAUUGGUAACUCCAAUAUGUCGUUAGAGGAACGCCUGAAGCUCAUGAUGCUAUCCGAUGAAACUAGCCCAAAACAAGCAGAUCGACCGGCCAAGACUUUCGCAGAACAGCAACGAGAGCGACGCAUGCGAAGAGCAGGUGCUCGCGAUAGGUUCGCCAGCCCAACCCCCGAGCGUGAAGCGCCGCAGCCGGAAGCAGACAAAGAAACAGACGAGGCAGAUGACGCAGUAGGCGAUAUCUCCACUCUAUCGAUGGAUUAUGAACUUCCCAGCAUCUCGCGACAGUCGAUUUUGCGCCGUGUUAACGGCAACCAGCAAUUAGAUCGCGAGUCAGACUACAACUUUGACUCGCCAGCUCCCGACUCUAGCCCUGCACGCAGCGCUCCUUACGAUCCCGAUGUACCUAUCGCUAGCAUCGAGGACUCGGUAUUGGAUGACGUGUCCGAAGUAGGUGAAGACAGUGUCGUCAUCAAGCGGGAGAAAGACGAGGGUGAGAGGGACGAUGCACAUGAUGCAUAUCUGCAACCACGUGAUGAUGAUGAAUAUGAUGAUGCUUAUUCAGAUAGAAGCAAGUCAGAAGAGAACGAUUCCGAGAGCCAUUAUUCUGACGAGUCGCCCAACAACCAAUCAUCACAUACAGUGGAAGAGUCAACCAAUACCCCUCGGGCUUCUAGUCCUGCCUUUGAAAGUGAAAUCACCAAUUUCAGCGCAACUCUACCACAAGUCAACAGUCCCACUAGGACCUCGGAUUUCUCACGUAGUUUUCAAUCCUACAUGCUGCCUAAGCCAAAGGAAACAGACCAGACAACACAUAUUCAGAGCCAGAAUGAGCCAGAAAAACAAGACGACAAGAAUAGGCCCCAGACACCGCUACACUUGCACCCAAUUUCGAAGCCAGAAUACGACGGGUCUGGUUGGGGUGAGCCUGAUGAGGAAGAGGAACCUGGUACGCCAGAGUCGGUUAUUCAUCAUCCUAUAUCCGACGAGGAGUCAUAUCUUGACGACGAAGACGAUGAAGAUGACAUAGAAGAAGAGGACGAGCCAAUUGAAUCUCCUUCGAUCCCUGAACGCAUGGCAACGAUCAGAUCGUCCGGCUCAAAGCUCAAGACACGUCCUUCAGCGACUCCAUCCGACAUCGAAGCAAUGCGUGAGGCUCGCAGACAAGUCAGCCGUGAGAUUACGCAAGACACGACGCCUCUUGUUCCGCCUAUUCCAGAUCGCCAUCGCAACCGAAUGUCUAGGGAGUUUGAUGUUGAGCAGCGUAACAGUGCUACCGGCGAUGAUUUCCUAGAGCGGCACCCUAGCUUUAAAAAUAGGAGCUUAACAUUAGAUCUAGACCUCGGCCUCAGCCUCGAUCGCGACUUUGACAGAGUUAUUGAGGCACAAAAGCGCGGAUAUCUAAUGCGACAAAACACAAAACUGGUUACAGCUAGUGAUAAAGAGAACGAAGAUCUCCGAACUGGCACUCGCUCUGCUGGCAACUCUCCAGUUAAACCGCAACUUCAGCGCCCACAGUCAUGGACAGUUGAACCCUGGAACGGCAAGCAAAAACGAAGUCUCCGCAAACGACAUGGACCUGGUUUUACCGGUCCAGUUCCGCCGCUGCCUGGCCAAGAAACUAACGCCACGGCAAUGAAUUCUGUGCCGGAGGAAGAGGCUGAAGCAGCCACUGAGGAUUCCGGUGAACGAGGACGAUUAUUCGUUAAAGUGAUGGGCGUCAAAGACCUCGAUCUGCCUUUACCUAGAAAUGAGAGGACGUGGUUCAGUUUGACCUUGGACAAUGGAGUACAUUGUGUCACAACCGCUUGGCUUGAAUUAGCCCGCAACGCACCAAUUGGUCAGGAGUUCGAGCUUGUCGUUCCAAACGACCUAGAGUUCCAGCUUACUCUUAACGUGAAGUUGGAGAAACCAAAGGAGCCGAAGCAUAUACCUGCCUCACCGAUUAAGAUGUCGAAGCCCAAAACGUCUACUUUCUCUCGUGUUUUUGCUAGCCCCAAGAAACGCAAAGAGAUGGAAGCUCGUCAACGCGCAGAGGAGGAAGCAUACGCUCAGGCCCAGCGGGUGGCUGCCAGCAAGCUAAGCCUUGCACCAACAGCAUGGGACCUCCUAUCUCCUCUCGCUGCGGAGGAUGGUAGCUUCGCACGAUCAUACGUUUGUCUCAAAGAACACGAGGCACGAUGCUAUGGUCGACCUUACAUGGUAGAAAUUGCUGCCUUUAAUGAAUGGGCUACUGAAGAUGCAGGAUUUGCAAGCAGCGUCAAGAGCAAACGGUCUGGUAUUCCAACCAAUGGCGUUGUACGACGUGCUCCUUAUAAGGUUGGCAAACUUGAAGUACAACUCCUUUUUGUGCCACACCCCAAAGGCUGCACUGAUGACGAUAUGCCCAAGAGCAUGAACUCCUGCAUUCGAGAGCUAAAGGCCGCCGAGGAGAGGCUGAGUCGCAACUGGGAGGGUCAUCUCAGCCAGCAAGGAGGAGAUUGUCCUUACUGGCGUCGGCGUUAUUUCAAACUCGUGGGUACUAAGCUCACAGCAUAUCAUGAGACAACAAGGCAACCGCGUGCUACUAUCAAUUUGUCGAAUGCCAAGCGUCUCAUAGAUGACCGACGGCAAUUGACCAACCCUGAAACAACGGGCCGCAAUGGCAAGCGCCGUCGCUCAGCAUUUGCUGAAGAGGAAGAAGGCUACAUGUUUGUCGAGGAGGGUUUCCGUAUCCGCUUCAACAACGGCGAAGUAAUCGACUUCUACGCCGACACGCCCGAAGACAAGGAAGGCUGGAUGAAGGUCCUCGGAGACGUCAUCGGCCGCGGCGGCACCGACGAAGAUGAUGGGAUGGGCGUCAACUCACGCCGCAAGUGGUGCGAGCUUAUCCUUAAGCGGGAGGAGUCGCUACGCAAGCGUGCUGAAGGCAGGCGGGUCCACUCACGAACCAAAAGUAUGAUCAUGUAAGGCUGUGCCUUGAUUCGCUUCUAUUCAUGAUUGAUGAUCAUGACCCUUCUUACACAAAACAUAUGACAAACGAAGACACGAUGCGCCAUGCCUAGAUUCAAAUGCAGAUGGAAUCACGCGUCGUCACUUUGACCGGAGUCCUUCUAUAUAUAUAUAUAUGGCGUUCUAAUGAUGUACUCGGAAUGUCUUUUGAUUUCCGCAAAAGGUUCGUGAGGGGGCCCUGCCUUCGCAAGAUGGAGUUGCAAGGGCGCUGGUUUGUUGCAUUUUGAUGGAAUUGGGUACGAGAGAGGGGAUA